AUUAUUUCCGGCUUACUAGGCAUGCUAGUUGUACUUGCAACAAGAUGCAAGUCUGUGUCGCGUGUCUUUUAAUCCCCUAAUUGUCCAUAAAACCUUACAAAAACCCAACAGAAAGCCCCUACAAAAUCCCGUCGUGUCCCAAUUGUCUCCUCGCAAGUCUCAAUAUUACCAAUUCCCCAGAUCCCAAAAUUCUCUCGAUCCGUUUACCUGCCACUGAUCAUUCAGAACUGAUUCAGUGAUAAUAAUUAUAGUAAUUAAAUGGGUUUUGAUGGAGAUCAAGAAUCGGGCACAAAAUUGCCAAACAAAUCAAUUUUAAGGUACAAUUCACCUUUAGUACAGGUUAGCCUUAUUGGGUUGGUAUGUUUUUGCUGUCCCGGAAUGUUCAAUGCCCUCUCUGGUAUGGGAGGAGGUGGCCAAGUAGACCCAACUGCCGCCAACAACGCUAACACCGCACUCUACACGACCUUCGCCAUUUUCGGCGUUCUGGGUGGUGGCAUCUAUAACAUCUUGGGUCCCCGUUUAACCCUCGCCGCUGGUUGCAGCACUUAUGUCUUAUACGCUGGUUCUUUCCUUUACUACAACCAUUACCAGCACCAAACUUUUGCUAUUGUUGCUGGUGGAAUUCUUGGCGUUGGAGCUGGGCUGCUAUGGGCUGGAGAGGGAGCAAUUAUGACCUCUUAUCCGCCUCCACAUCGCAAAGGCACUUACAUUUCUAUUUUUUGGAGUAUAUUUAACAUGGGUGGUGUUAUUGGUGGACUCAUUCCUUUCUUUCUUAAUUAUCACAGAAGCGAGGCUGCUUCUGUUAAUGAUGCUACUUAUAUUGGUUUCAUGUGCUUUAUGGCCGCUGGUACACUUCUUUCUCUAGCCAUUUUGCCACCGAGCCAGGUUGUUCGAGACGACGGUACGCACUGUUCUAAUAUUAAGUACUCUAAGGUGUCAACUGAGGCUACUGAGAUUGUGAAGUUGUUUCUCAACUGGAAGAUGCUUUUAAUAGUUCCUGCUGCUUGGGCCAGCAACUUCUUUUACAGCUACCAAUUUAAUAAUGUGAAUGGGGUGCUUUUCAAUCUGAGGACAAGAGGGCUGAAUAAUGUUUUCUAUUGGGGAGCACAGAUGUUGGGUUCUGUUGGAAUUGGAUGGGUAUUGGAUUUCAGUUUCAAGAGUAGAAAGAUGAGAGGAUUUGUUGGAAUUGGGAUAGUUGCUGUGCUCGGUACUGCUAUCUGGGGAGGUGGACUCGCUAACCAGCUCAGAUACUCCCAUAAUAAUCUUCCACCAAAGUUGGACUUUAAGGACUCUGGCUCUGAUUUUGGUGGUCCUUUCGUUCUUUACUUCAGUUAUGGGUUGCUGGAUGCCAUGUUCCAAAGCUCGGUCUAUUGGGUCAUUGGAGCCUUAGCUGAUGAUUCAGAGAUCCUUAGCAGGUAUGUUGGAUUCUACAAGGGGGUGCAAAGUGCAGGGGCUGCUAUUGCUUGGCAAGUUGAUACACACAAAGUGCCAUUGCUUUCCCAGUUGAUUGUAAAUUGGUCACUCACUACAGUGAGUUACCCAUUACUUAUUGUUCUAGUCAUGCUGGCAGUCAAGGAUGAUCAUAAGAUUGAAGAGAGAGUAUCUAAUGAAUCUGCUAAGACUGACUCAGUAACAGAAGGCACAACCAAGCCAGUAUAAUCAUUAUUUGUUUUCUGUUGUUUGUGUACUUAGAAAAGGGAAAAUAGAGCAAUCAAAAUUUUAUGUUUUGUGAAUGUGAAUGUUAAUUGAAGUGUCGUCUUAUUACAUUGGAUUUGCUUCAAUUGACCGAUUCAAAAUGUACUUUUGGCUGAUUAAACUGAAUAAUCAAUGCAAAUAGUUUGGUUUGAUA